AACCUAACAAUAAUAAAGCAGGAAAACUUGUUUAUGUCAGCUUAUUUUACAAAAAUGAGAUGAGUUUAGAAUGAAAUCCAGCCUGUCUCACCUUUGACAAGGUGCACGUAUGGAUGAUGGUUAUGUGAUCUUGGGAAGAAACUCAUGGACGCCAUAGAAAAUAAAUGUAUGUACCACUACUAGAAACUUGAGUUUCAGCUAUGGAUUUUGCUACGGAUUUGUUCUCUAGCAAAAUUUAGACUUAUAGCUAGGGAAUUACGACGGAUCUACCAUGUUUUUGAUAGUUAUUUUAUUUAUUUAACAUGUGGAAUAUUAGUGAGGCUUUAACGAGGGAUCAGCUAUGGAUCUCGCAAGUAUUUAUCGAUGCACCACUAUCCCUGGCUAAUCAGUCGAAAAAUGAAGGGCCUUAGCUAGGGUUCAACGACGGAUAAAAAAUUGCGCCAGCCGGUACGCAUUUAGCGAGAGAACAUCGACGGAAACUAUAUUGUGGGUACGCGCGUUUUGUUUUUUCUAUCGCCAAUCUCUAGCUGAAAUUGGCAUAACCCAGUUCCAUCUUCACGAAAUGCAUUGAAAAUUCUGGUACGCGUUUCCUCUGGACUCUGGACAUGAAUUUUGAACAGAUGAUGGCAUAGAAGUUCCUUCAAUCUAUUAACCCACUUCCAUCUCACAAUCUCUGUUUGAACAGAUGACGAUGACGGCACUACUCACCCGAUUCCGACAACCUCCGCAUUUUUAAGCUGAAAGUAUUCUUCCUUAGCUUUCGGAUUCAGGGUUUGUAUGUCUGGCCCGAAGAGACUGAUGUUCUUGCUCGCAAGGUAUGGGAAGAUUGUAUGAAGAAACGAUUCCCUGACAUAAUGCGAAGAGCACGUGAAGAAUCUUUAAAACUUGCCAAAGCUGCAAAUGUGAAUACCUCACUAGAAGGUGAUUUAAAUUUGCUAAAGGACUAUCACCCAAAUUGGAUUAAAAAGGAGUAUUGGGAAAAAAUGAUCAAUGAAGUAUGGACCACAUCCAAAUGGAAACGUUUAUCACAAUCAGGAAAAAAUAACAGAAAUAAAUUAGAAGAUAGCUCUGUUUCCAAACAUACAGGGGGUUCUAUAUCUAUUCAUCAACAUAAGAAAAGAAUGCAAGCAACACUUAAACGCCCUCCUACAGGAGUUGAACUUUAUGCAAGGUUGCACACUAAAUGGUCUACUCAAGAGUACAUUACACCAAAGGCAGCUAAAGUUAAGGAGGCUUAUGAAAGUGCUAUGGUGGCUAAGUUUGGUGAUGAUACUAGUUGCCACCCCCUCUUGGAUAAUGAAACAUGGUGUGAUGUUUCCGGAGGAGUCAAGAAAGGAAGAAUAUAUGGAUUCGGAUCUGUGUCUGAUCCAGCGAGCUUUUUGGAAGGAACAUCUAGUACAAUAACAUCCCAAGAGGUUAUCUAUGAACGUGUACGAAACGAGAUGCGUGGGGAAAUGGAUGCUAAAGCUGCAGAAAUGGAAGCUAAACAUCAACAAAUGCGUGAGGAAAUGGAUGUGAAAGUUGCAGCAAUAGAUGUCAAACAACAACAAAUUGAUGCAAAAUAUGAAGCAAUGGAGAAGAUGUAUGCAGCCUUGCAAAAUAUGAUGAGAAAUUGAAAAUUAGAGGAAUGUGAACCGAAGAUGAUUGGAUGGACAUGAAAUGAAGAGAGCAUCUAAAAUGUUAUUUUGAAAUUAUGUUUUAUGAAAACUCAUUUCCCAAUGCAUAUUUUGGAUUUCUUGGUGCUAAAAUGUUAUUUUGAAGUUAAACCUUUGGGAGUUUGAUGUUAUAUGGAUAGUUUUGGUUUUGGAUGUUUUUUGAAUGAUACUUUGGUAAACUUUGAUAGUUUUGGUAUUGUAAUGUUUGGUUGCAUUGUUAUUUGAUGUUUUUUAGUAUAAAAAUUUGAUGAUUGUAGUA